UUAAACAGUUAGCGUCGCUGCUAUGAGGCUCCGCUGCGUGUCUGAGCCGAGACUUCCAAAACCGGACGUCUUUCACCGUAAACAGAUUAAAAGGUUGACGGUUUAAUGCCGAGGGCGGGCCCUUAAUUAAAUAUUUAAAUUAAUCACAUUAUUUAAAGUUUGAAGGCUUCUCUGGGAGCCGCGGUGCUAACGGCUAGUUAGCAUCAUUAGCCUGAACGACACCCAUUCAAAACAACGGCAGCAGCUGAGGCGGAUUUGUUUGUUUGUUUGUUUGUUUAUUUAUUUAUUUAUUGACGGGAAAAAAGAAACGAUGGAGACGAACACACCGAAGAGGAGAGACAAUAAAAAGAGUCUGAGGGUGAAGGUGAUCAGUCUGGGAAACGCCGAGGUGGGAAAGAGCUGCAUCAUCAAACGUUACUGUGAGAAGAGGUUUGUUCCAAAAUAUUUGGCAACCAUCGGUAUAGACUACGGCGUCACCAAAGUUCAGGUACGAGACCGAGAAAUUAAAGUCAACAUCUUCGACAUGGCAGGACAUCCAUUCUUCUACGAAGUGCGUAAUGAGUUCUAUAAGGACAGUCAGGGGGUCCUGCUGGUCUACGACGUGGGCCUCAGGGACAGUUUCGACGCCUUGGACAGCUGGCUGGGAGAAAUGAAACAGGAAAUGGGCUCACAGGCCAACAUGGACAGCAUCGUGUUCAUCGUCUGUGCAAACAAGGUGGACCUGACCAAGAGGAGGGUGGUGGACGAAGGAGAGGGCCGUCUGUGGGCGGAGUCUCGGGGUUUUCAUUAUUUUGAGACGUCGGCGCAGAGCGGAGAAGGAAUAAACGAGAUGUUCCAGGCGUUCUUCUCGUCCAUCACUGACAUGUGUGAAAACGGAGGGAAGCGUCCGGUGUCAGAGGUCAGCGCCGGCUUCACCAAAGAACAGGCCGACACCAUCCGACGCAUCCGCAACAGCAAAGACUCCUGGGAUAUGCUGGGGGUCAAACCUGGAGCCACACGGGAGGAAGUCAAUAAGGCGUACAGGAAGUUGGCGGUGCUGCUUCAUCCAGACAAAUGUGUGGCACCUGGAAGUGAAGACGCCUUCAAGGCAGUGGUGAACGCCAGAACUUCACUGUUGAAGAACAUCAAAUAAGAGCUGAGAACCAGAGGAAUGUCAGAACAGGUGGUUCUGCUGGAGUUCCAGUAUUAGACAAAGACCAGACUAGUGAAAACCACCACAGAACUACAGACAAGCAACAUCCACCACUGUUUGGAUCAACUGUAGGACCAUCUGUAGGUAUUCAUGAGGACAACAACCAGACCAGACCCAUUUGGACCCAGACUGGACCCAGACCAAACCCAUUUGGACCCAUUUGGACCCGUUUGGACCCAUUUGCACCUGUUUACACCGAGGACAUGGACAGAAGAAGGGCCCAGUGGUCCCUGAGGGUGCAGUCUGACCGGGCCUGUAGGGUCUGGUCCGACCGGACCCUGAAGGCCCGGUCGGACCGGACCCUGGUACCCUGGUACCAGUGUUGUGUGUUAGUGUUUCUUUCAGUCGUCUGUGCCAUGUCGUGAGCGUCGCCAUCGUUCUCCAACUGACUGUGAUGAAGCAGCGAACGCCAAAACUAGGACUAGAAAAGAAAAGAACCAUGUGUGUUUAUGUGUAAGUGUCCAAAGGUCAGGGGUCACUGCCCAGAGGGGGUGGGGCCUCUAGACUAGACCACAUGGUGUUUCAUUAUGGAUCAGACUCUUCUGGACCCGUUUUGGACCGGUUUGCCAAAUCCACAGAAGGUGUGAUGUGUUCAAAUGCAUGCUUCAUAUUCAGGACUUUUCAGCACCUGUGACCCACAUGGACCGGUUCAACCUGGAGUCCAGGUGGGCGGAGUCACAGGCAGCUGGCACAGGGUUAGGGGGUGGGGUUAGGGUUAAAGGUUGUGGAAGUGCCUCCUGUUCCAAACCCUGAACGUUAACUUAUUCAUUUAAAUGUGUCAUUUGUUCAUUUCACUAAAUUAUAUAAAAAUUAUAUCGAUUAUUUAUUCAUUUUUGUGCCAAAAUCUGUGUAUUUAAAAUGUUUUGUGUCCCUUAAAAUGACUAACAUGUUCCCUUAGACUGUUCCCUUGAAGUCACCAUCAUGUACCCUUAAAAUGUACCUGAAGAUUAUUAUUAUUGUUGUUGUUCUUCUUGUUCUUUUUGUUCGUCGUCUUCUUCUUUUUCUUCUGUUCUUUCUUGUCUCUGUAAUGGAAUGUGUGUCUGUUCAGAUGCUCUGCUGUAUUAUUAUUCUUUUUCUGCUCUUUUGUCACAGUCAGGCCUCCGUACCUCGUGAGUCUGACUCGUGUUCGGCUGUCGGUCAUGGUGGUCACAUGACACCUGGUGGGGGUCAGAUCACAUCACGAGUGUGAUGGUUUCAGUGUCUGUUUGUGGCAGACGUUCUGCAUGUUCUACUGGUUCCACUGGUUCUACUGGUUCUGGAAAUAAAACCACUGUGGCCCACUGAAGCAUGUGUCCCAGCAGGUCAAGCUCCGCCCACCCUGUGUCCCAGCAGCUCAAGCUCCACCCUCCCUGUCAAUCAGAAACACACUGUUUCAUGUGUCCCAGCAGGUGCAGCUCCGCCCACCCUGUGUGUCCCAGCAGGUGCAGCUCCGCCCACCCUGUGUGUCCCAGCAGGUGCAGCUCCGCCCACAGGUGUUUUCUCAGGCUGCAGUGGAAACUCAUCCUCCUCUAAACCACAGGUGUCCAACAUGUGGUCCAGGGUCCAAAACUGACCCACCAAGGGGUCCAGUCUGGCCCACCAAAGGGUCCAAAACCAAC